AUGCCUUUCCAGCUCUCGCUGCUGCACCUCUCGGCUCUCGCCAUCCUCGUCCUCUCCUCGGCCCUCUUCAGCCAGGGUAGGUUGGCCGUGGCCCCGGCCAUCUGUGCAUCGCACGAUCUCCCGAAUCCGCUGGCAGAGCUGUUUCCGAACAAUGCCACGGGCGUUCUCAAUGCCACGCUGGCCAUCAUCCCCAUCCCAUUGGACAUGGCCCGCCGCCUGAUUCCGCCCCAGUACGGCAUCCUCGAACGGGCAUACCGCGCCCUGCUGCCCGACUUCCCCGAGGCCAUGUACCCCGUCCUGGUGCAAGCCGCGCAUGACCACGAUGUUCAGUUCCGGGCGUACGGCAUUACGAUAGAUGACUUCUCACGCGUUGGAUUCGAGUUCCCGUUCCUAGACCUCUUGGGAGACGGCUACUCGUCGUUCCGCUGGGCCCCUGCCCAGCUCAUCAGUGCCACCAACCCUAUCGCCCUAGAGGGCUCCCGUGCAUACGGCACAGUAGUCUCUCCUGCCGAGUACGAGCCGGUAUGCGAUGCCUACAGCGUGCUGGCCAGCGGGGCCACCUACUUCAAAGGAUCGAGUCUGGAGUCUUCAGAGUUCUUCGAGGUCGAGAUGGCACCAGUCCACCACCCGGCCUUUAACCCGUACCCUCUCGAGCUUUUUAAAAACAUCACGAACCAGCCGACGUUUGCGAAUGCGACGACGUGUGACAAUAUGAUUCGCCUCUUCAACACGUCCAUGACGACAGGCGGGCAUGCGCCAGUCGCCGUGCAUGGGAGGGUGAGGGCCAACACGUUUCCCUUCGGCAAGGCCGCCAGGGAGUGGACCGGCGUGUACGGGGUGCAGGUGGCGACCCCGUUCAUCGAGAACAACUAUCUCGACUGCCAGACGAUGCAAGGCUAUGCCGGCACCGGGGGUCCAGGCGACUCUUAUACGAGCACCAAGACCAGCGAUGAUUUAUGA